UUAUUUCUAUUUUUAUAUCCUUUUGAAGAAAAAUGAUCGAUUACAAUGUCGACCUUUGUUCGCGAGAUGAUCGGACUCGCGUCGCGUGUUGGGAACGCAUCGCAACCCUUUCUUCCAAGAAAAUGACGGGAUGCGCCAUUGUCUAACAAUGUGAGAGGGAGAAAAAAAGCCGGCCACAAUUAUCAAGCCGACGGAGCGUUUGAUUUUCUCAUUAUCUGGCCGGGAACGAUAAUUUCCUUUGAAGUGGUGAUAAUUUAUUGCGGUCCCGAUGUGCCGGAACGCCGUUCAGGCGCUGAUUACAUACGAGACUGCAAAACGGCCGAGUUUUAUCGAACGGAGAGACAGAAUCAGUCGAGGGGUUGUGUAUCGGAGCGCUCGCGACGGCGCGCGCUCCUUGACAAAGACUCGCGGAUAAUUGAUUAACGAGUUAGCAACGGAAUCGCACUGUCCGGCGCGUUAAUAAUGACUUAUCCGCAGCAACUUGAAAAGUGUUAAUCAGCGUUGUUCCACCAGCAUCUGGCCUCUCCCCGUGGUCGUUUCUAGACCGGCGAUUAUAGCGAGGACACGCUUACGCUCGCGCGCUGUUCCAUUUUUCCGUUCUACUGUCGUGAGUCACUUCGUGACCGUUGACGCAGGCUUUUUACAUUACAAUGAGAAGCGGGACAACGAUUUUUCACCGUUCCAUGUCUAUCUAACGCCGAAUAUGGUCCUGCGAGCGCGCCUUUCGAGCUCAAAGCACGAUUCUAUAUUCGACACAUUCGAGAGAGCGCGAUCAAAGAAUGCGAAUAUCUUUGACGUGCACGGGGGCAUGUCUUUGACACGUACGUCAACGGCGUUCUCUUGCCAACUCCUUUGGAUCGGAUUUGUGCCGAGUCGAACUGGAGGACCCGAUAAAAGACCGCUCGAGAUUAACACGAUCGCGAGAUUAAGCGCGACCUUUUCUACAAGAGCCAAUCGUCACGGAUGUAACGUGGCGAGGUGCAAACAGCGCGAUUGUGAUCUGCGUCUUAUCGAUAAUGGGCAACGCGUUACAUUGCCGAUUAAAAUCUGAAAUUGCACAGCUCAUGAAUUAAGUAUGUCACGUUAUUAUCUGCAUUCUCCAUCGUCGCGCAUAAUUUCAUAAUUACCGGUUCUAUUUGUCACGGACGCAAUAUCGCAGACGGUACUUCGCAAAAUUUUCCGCGCAUGCAAUCUCCUUUUCCCCGGAUAAACGGCUUUAUCGUGAUCAUCGCGCAAAAAUUGCCGAUCAAAACAUGUCGCGCGACAGAGAGGGACAGAGAAAGCACUCGCGAUUGUUAUAUAAUAAUGGGAGAGAUUCGUGCGAGUGCGAACGAAAUGCGAGAAUUAAGUUGCAAACAGAUAACCACAUACGACGCCCGUAGACGCGUCAGAAUGAUUAUAUUAUUUUGUCGCGGACGUUGUUUUGAAUUUCUGCGUAAUUUCUAUCGUAAUUCUAUUCUCAGGCUCUCCGCGGCGAAUUUGGCGAGGUACAUUGCGGGGGCAGGGGGUUAUUUUCGACGGAACGGAGUCGAUCAAGGACAACUGGAUAAAAAGUGGAACGGAGUUACAGUUUCGAUUACUGAAUUUACUUUCUCCUUUUGCGGACUUGCCAUCGGCGGUGACACACGCCGUCGUGGCGUUUGAUACACACUCAGUAUUUCAUGCGGGAGCCGCGUUAAGCGCGGAGUUCGCGAGAGCAAAGUGAACGCGGAGCCACGUUAAAAAUAAACAUGUCCGUUAUCAAUUAGCAAAGUUUACACAAUCCUGUUUGCAUGAUAGCUGCCGAAGCGGUGGAAAUUGCACGACAAUAUGCAGGCUCCUCCGGCGACACGUUGCGUCGCGCUCGCGCAUAAUAAAAUACGGUCGGUCGUAAUUCUUAAUCGCUCCCAGCGUUCUGUCUGACAGAUGUCAUAAUCACGCGAUACAUCGUGCGGUCCAAUAAAAGUCCGAAAUAAGCAGAAAAGUGUAGAAGGAGGGGCGGCAAGAAAGAAACGGCGAGAUCGGCCGCGACAAGAACGGAAUAUAUAACGCGUCAGAAUUUAAGAGGUUGUUUGUGUAUGUUGUAUCAGGAAUAUUUUCCCGGUCGUAUCUUAUCGUCAAUUUAUAAGGCACGAGAUACACGCAAGAUACACGAUUCGACACUUCAGACGUGCUAAACGUCAUUAUAAUGCCGACUUCGCCGUUUCGUCGCAAACGUCCAUCAGAUAGGCGGCUAAUAUUCGGGCAGAACGAUGUCGGCGACGCAGGCGAGCAGCAAAGUGGAUGAGCAGGUUUCCGCGAACAAGCCGCAGCAAAACGGCCACGGCUGCAACAAGAGUGAGGAGCUGCAGCUCGAGGACGUCAACGACAACAACAAUGACGAGACCAUCGAGGUGGAAAUGGUGGUGCCGCCCGACGGAGGAUGGGGCUGGGUGAUUGUCGCGGCAUCCUUCAUGUGCAACCUCUUUGUGGACGGUAUCAUCUUCAGCUUUGGCGUAUUUCUGAACGACAUCGCGGACGCGUUCGGCGUGUCGAAAGCGAGAGUCGCACUCGUGGGCUCGCUGCAGACUGGAUUUUAUCUCAUGGUUGGUCCCUUCGUGUCUGCUCUCGCUAACCGAUACGGCUUCAGAUUGGUCGCGAUAUUAGGUAGCGUCAUCAGCUGCAGUGCCUUCGUUCUUUCAUACUUCAGCACUUCCAUCGAGUUCCUUUACAUCUCCUACGGUUGCAUCGGCGGCAUCGGAGGGGGUCUGAUAUACGUGCCGGCUGUGAUUACGACCGGAUUUUACUUCGAGAGAUGGCGUGCCCUGGCCACGGGUAUCGCGGUGUGCGGAUCUGGUAUCGGCGCGUUCCUGCUCGCGCCGAUCUCCGAUCUGCUCGUGCAGAACUUCGGCUGGAGAGGCGCGCUGCUCUUUCAAGCGGGCAUGCUGUUGAAUUGCGCUAUAUUCGGCGCCAUGUUCCGACCGUUGAAACCGACGAGAAUAAAGGUAAAGUCCACCCCGGAAAACGCCGCACUCGAGGUGAAAACCACGCUGAUGGGCAAGGGCGUGUCGACGGCCUCAUUGCACUGCGUGCAGCCGAACAGAAGCGGCUUCUUUGGCACGAACAAUAACACGGAAUAUCCUACGGCGGCCGAGAUACUCGGCAGCAGCCCCAAUAUAGUAAACGCGUCCAAGUCCCUGCACUCGCUGCACAAGGUGCACGUGGAGCCUCAGACCUUGGAGUUGAAGGUGAGCAGUUCGGAGAAACGGUUGUCUGUGCCGGUAUAUUCCGACCUGGACGCCAUGAACAACGAAGAGAAGAUCGCCGAGGAGAACAAUCUGCUCAGCGGCGACUUGGAGCGAUUAAACGGCAAAGUACCGACGACCCGCCGACACACGAUCAGCGGCAGGCGUCUACGAGCGGAUUCCGAGUGCAGUCAGAAGUCCCUCAGAUCGGGCAAGAGAAAUCAACCGAACAAAGAUCCGCAGAGGCCGUUUUACAGAGAUGACAUCUUUUACGGUGGCUCUUUGAACAGACUACCUCAUUACAAGUCGCAGCAAUCGUCGGUCGGUUAUCACAUGUCAGUGACGCGGCUGCCAACGACGACGGACGUGGCGGAGGAGGAAAGCGGAAGCUGCUACCUGUGUCCCGAAAGCGUACGUCGCAUUCUGACCACGAUGCUCGACCUCAGCCUGCUCAAGAGUCCGUCCUUUCUGAUACUCGCCAUCUCUGGCGGGCUCACCAUGAUGGGCUUUUACACGCCUUUCAUGUAUGUGCCGGAUCGAGCCAAAAAGGCUAACAUUGACGCCUCGACGGCGAUGUUCCUCGUUUCGGUAAUUGGCAUCGGCAAUACCAUCGGCCGUAUCGUCUGCGGCUUAGCGAGCAGCCUGCCCGGGGUUAACGCUCUGGUCGUGAACAAUGUGUUUAUCAGUAUCGGCGGCUUACUCACCAUAUUCUCGGGCCUCUCCUUGACGGAGGGAUAUCAAUUCUUUUAUGCAGCCGGCUUCGGCCUCAGCAUAUCCGUGUUCGCCUCUCUGAGAUCGAUCCUCGUGGUGGAUCUGUUGGGCUUGGAGAAACUGACCAACGCUUUCGGACUGCUCCUUCUGUUUCAAGGUGUGGCGGCGGCUAUGGGCGCGCCUCUCGCAGGUGCGUUCAUGGAUGCGACUGGGAGCUACGACGCGUCGUUCUACCUGUCCGGCAGCCUGAUACUCUUGUCGGCGGUCAUUUGUUAUCCGCUCAAGAGGAUCAACACGUGGGAGAGGCGCGGCGAGCAGAAACCGGCCAACCAGGAUCUCUCCAAGUCCUGAUCCGAGGCGCAAAACGCCACACACCGUAGAGAUCAUACUCGGCACGCGUGAGCGCGCGCGCGCGCGAUAUCGGCCGCGCGCCGCGUAUGUUGUACAUAUUAAUGCAUAAUAAUUUAUAAGCGAGCGCUCGAGUCGAGAACACAAUCGUCAUCAUCGUGUCGCACGUUCGCGAGGCGUGUUGCGCGUCGAUGAGAAAACGAUCGAUCUCGCGCGAUCGACAGAGCUGCUGCGUUCGCAACUGGGACGGAAUGAGUCCGAUUGUGUGCCUCUGAGGGAAAAGCAAGAAAGAACCUACCCUCGUACCGAACGUGCCUUCCACCGAAAAGGGCCUUCUCUUCACUGAACGAAGAGUCGAUCGCUCCCGUCGCGGCGGGGUCCUGUCGUUCCGUCGUUCAAAUUCAACUAUGUUUAUCCGCGUCUAACAUCGGCGAGCGUAAGGAAGAAUUCACAUCUUAGCGGGAAAGCUAAGAAAAGGUGGUUUCUGCUUCUCUACCAGCGUGAGUUCUGGUUGGUUUCUGCCUCUCGGUUUUCUACCAAGGUGUGAAUCCUCCCCUUCACGUCGCGGGUCGAACGCGAGAUAGCAAGGUUGUGUACAUAAAGGAUGGGACUCAUCCUACGGACUAGUUACCGAUUAGUUCGUAUUUUAUAUAUUUUCCCGAGGGAAGCCAAGAGUUUUUGCAUAGAUUACAUCGAUAUAGUUUAGAGCUCUGCAUAUCAAGAUCCAACAGUAUCCGAUACAUCUUGAUUCCUUAUCGAAUAUAACCCAGGCUGAUUUGUAUCCACUUUGAUAAAACGAGAUCAUCUUAAUCGAACUUGUCUUGACAAGAAACUGAUCCAGGGUCGGGUCUGACAUCAUCAAAGCGAAUCAAAUCGUGUUAUAUUUGAUAAUGAAUCGGAUUAUGUAAUCGGAUGCUGCUUGAUUAGCAGAACUCCGAUGUAGUUUAACGAGUGCGCGUUGUUGCGCGUCACAUAUAUAUUCGAUCGAGAUCGAGCUGCUACGUACGCGCAUCAUGUAGCUUAGCUUUUUUAUAUAAGAAUUUUACAUUAUAAACGUGUGUUAACCACUCACUCUUGUAUAUUCCACGCACGAGGGGGUUAACGCGAGAUCUCGCGACUCGUGAUGCUGUACGCACUGACGUUGAGCGGUUAACCGCGCGUCGUCCGCGCGUAUCGGGUGGCAUUUGUACUUGCGUGCGUCGCAUGAGCGCAUAAAUAAUCUCAGCGGAAAGCGCGCCUUCCGGUGUGCAAUGUUAUUUGUAAAUAUGUCAUUCCACCCAGGCUUUCGAGAGCGGCGGAACUCUUCGCUGCGGGACGCGCAAAGACCUGUCGAUCGCGAUCGAUCGAUGGCUCGGUCUUGUCGCACUCGACGAUUUAUCUCGGUGCGACGCAAUCUUUGAUUUUUCUGUCCCAACUCGCCAAGACCAGCAGGCGCGUGUCGAUAUGAAGAAUACUCUACGCAAACGUUUGUCGCGCUGCUCGAAGCAUAUUUCGUACGUGCGUCAUAAAGAUAAGUUCGCGAAGUCGGCCGCGUCGAUCUCGUUAUCAAAGACGCGUCUUACGAAGUAUAUACACAUGUUGAAUAUAUUCCACGUUGUAAGUCUAAAUAUUCGUAUUUCACCUUACGCGAAGGAUUCAGCCGAUCUCGAAAGGGGCCGACUCGAGCUACCCAUUGCCCAUGAUCAGGCGAAGUCGUUGUGGCGUUUUUUACCCAUUAGUCUCUUAAGAAUUUGCUCAAAAGUGCAAUCCGUUCCUAGUGUUCCUAAACGCUAAGAGUCGUAUAUGUUACGUAGUAUUCCUAAAUUCGCGCGUGCACGUGUCUCAGGAAAGCCGACCGCCCAACUUUUCCAAGCGGUCUCGUUUCCACCGCAAAUGUCUUCCGUAAAAGAUCGGGAAUGUGCGAUAUGCUCGACCUUUCGUUCGCAGGACGACUCGAUCGACUGCCGCGGAAACAAUUUCGGCCAUGCGUGAGUCAUGUGCAAUAAGAAUUAAAGAAUCGUGUGAAGCAAGAAACAAGUCUCGUUAUCGAGAUCCCUCGUGCCCAUCAUUCUGAUCUGAAUCUAGCCAAAUAUUGGCGGAUCCAGCCAAGUAUUGGCGGAGAAGCGCGCAGUUCCUCGCGGGCUUCGGAGAUACGCGACGUCGUUUCCCGGGAGAUUCGAUACGAACUUCGACCCAUGCUAAAAUAUCGAGGGAAAUCAUUGGCGUAUUCUAUUCGAGGUCCGGCGCGAGAGGAACAACGAAUAAUUAUCCAUCGCGAACGAGAGUCGGUCGAUUAGCCGCGUCGAUUUGUCGCCCGUUUAAGUUACACGAGAGUCGAGAGCAUGUUCUAUAUACUAGGCAACCUUGCAUAUAAAUUUGCAUCCGUGCGACUUGCGGACUGCGCGCACGAGGCGGAGGCACGAUGACAGUCGGUGUCCCAUGUGACAGACCUUUGCCAAUGCGUCAAAGUCACGGACUUCCGCCUCCUGGGAGGAUGUGAAUCAUGCCAGUGCGACGCACGAAAUCGUAAAUUAUCGCGCCGUGGUCGGCCGGUCGCGCCAGCGAUCUCGUUUGUAAUGAGAUUCCGCGAGUGCAAACAUAUUUACCGAGAGGAAACGCGCGCACGACAGGUACAGGCGAAGCGGAUGCCAGCGAAAUGCAAACGAUGUUUUUCCCGGACGUAUGCAAAGUGUCGGCAGGCGACGACGGUGCGCCGAGUUAUUUGCCGUAGAAAAGCGAACGAACGCCACAAGCGGGACUGCUGCGAGUUAGGCAGGACCACGAUGUUUGCCCCGUGUAGACGUCGGCCGGGAUAUCUCUGUCAAUGUUAGACUACUCAGCGUCGUGACGGCAUCGGGGGCAUUGUCUGAUAAGGAACGGAGUGAAAUGCGAAUUACGCUUCCGGCCGUCGCCGACGGACCACUUCCGGAUAACGCGAGUGGCGAAAUCAAUUUCGUCGCUCGCCGGUUCUUGUAUUUAUCACGAGGUGUCUUUUUACCCGUAAAUAAUACACAAGUACUCUCUAUUCACAGGCACUACUAUUUACCGGUCUCCCCGUUAUUGCCUGUACACUCUUCCGAUUAAAAUCUUUCUUUCUCUUCUUUUUCUCCUCCUUCUUCUUCCUCAAUUAUUGCCUUCGCCAAUUUUUAACUUCGGCGGCGAGUGGUAACAGAAAUUUAGGUGCCGCCUGACGCGGUUACAGCCAUAAAAGCGGAAUUGCCACCCGCGCUAUCUACGGUCUCGCUCGUUGCUUUGUAUUGUACGAGGGUCGCCGACUACACCUCCGUCAGUAACGACAGGGUGGUCUCAUCUUUCUCUUUUUUGCUUCGGCAGCGGUCGUGCCGGGGCAUAAAUUAUUGCCGUACGUUCUCUUUCUCGCUCGCUGACCAAUCUUGUUCCUCUCGCUCUUGUUCCUUCGCUAGUCGUGACGACGUACAGGAUCCGGCCGACCAAUUUCUCUAUUUUUUGCUUUUUAACAGGUUUCGGAUCUACGUAAAAGCUAACUCGCAACUCGCGAUUUUUAACCGAGUUUUACCGCGCGAUAUGAUACAUCUUUAUGAUUCAAGUGUACGCGCAAAGUACCACGAACUGGCUCCAAGUGCCAAAGUGCAAGAUGCGCGAAAGCGUAGGAUUUUCCAAAGUAAGAGCAUAAAUUAUUUCUUUCAUUAAGAGCGUGCUCGCUACUUUUUCUCCAACCCGUGCGUAUCCUUAAAUAGUCUGCCGUCUUCGACCGCGCGGCUCUCCGCGAAAUUACGGCGAUAUUUCACGCGCGCGAGCGAGUUUUCUCGCUUUUCAAUCUGAACACACUGUAUCAAGAGAGAGAGAGAAAGAGAGAAAGAGAAAGAAAAGAAAGUGUCUCAGGAAAUUCAGAUGAACAGACUCCUGUAAAAACCUCCGUGCAUUCACCGACAGUAUCACAUAGAGAGUGGCACGUGUUCGAAAUUGCUUGAAUCCAUCGAAGAGAGAAUGCUAUCUUUCUCCUACUUUACCAUUUCGGACGCACGAUUGUCGUGUCGGUAAAAUUUUCCGAACGGUCGCAAAAAACCACUCAGAGAUAUCGUCAAGAUUCAAUUUUCCGCUAAGAUACACGAUCGUUAUUAACCGUGGACGAAGUCAGCGUGUUAUCGGUGCAGGAUAAGACUUCGAAUUAACAGCCGCGACCGUCGUUAAACGUAUGUCCGUAACGACCGUAAUUACGUUCUGUAUCCGGUUGCCGAAUUGACUCUAAAACCUACCAAGGUCUCUACCGCCGUAAUUGUUUUUCUUAACCGCCACGAACGAAGACUGGUCGCAAAAUAAUAUGGUGAUAUUUCCGUUAGCGUAAUUUCCUGUUUAUUCGCGUAUCUCUCGGCUCGUCGCCCGCGCCCAUUUUUGUCCAUUUGCGUCUCCCACUUGCCGCAAUAACAAGUUCCCCAGCACCGCAAAAAGCACUUGGCGUCGCUUCAAAUCGAAUUGUGUUUAUGGCAAUAUCUCAAUUCCCCCUCUGGCGUUUAAUACGUCAAAUGCGUAGGACGUGUAACCCUUUUUGCACGAGCGAUAACUCUUCUCUAUCCUAGAAUAUGCUAUUACAUUCGAGCUUCAAAAUAUCGCGCGUCUCGAAAUCGCGUGGAAAAAGUCAUGUCGGAUGUUACUGUGGUAUCGAGACACAACACAAUACAUGUGAGUGUGGGUGUAUGUGCACAUGUAUCUCUCUCUCUCUUUCUCGUGUAACCAUUUCUCAUCCGUGGAGUGCUUUGGAAUCCGAGUCCAUUACCCUUGAAGAACCACAAACUGCACUUUAAUUCGCGAAAGGGUGUGUGUGUGUGUGCGUGCACGCGAAGCUAAUACAGUUACAAGACUGUUAUUUCCCGAAGAUAAUAAAAAUUAAUAUUAUUUCUCGAAAAUGAA